GGGGCGGCUCGGCUCCCCUCGCCUCGCCUCGCCUCGCCUCGCCUCGCGUCUCCUCAGGGCGGCACUCGGGGCUCGGGGGAAGGUCCGAGCGCCCCGCAGCCAUGCAGCGCCGGAAGGUGGACAACCGCAUUCGGGUGCUGAUCGAGAAUGGGGUGGCGGAGCGGCAGCGGGCCCUCUUCGUGGUGGUCGGCGACCGCGGCAAGGACCAGGUGGUUAUACUUCAUCACAUGUUGUCUAAAGCAACGGUAAAGGCCAGACCCUCUGUGCUAUGGUGUUACAAAAAGGAGCUAGGCUUUAGCAGCCACCGGAAGAAGAGGAUGAGACAACUACAGAAAAAAAUUAAAAGCGGAACUUUAAACAUCAAGGACGAUGAUCCUUUUGAGUUAUUCAUAGCAGCCACAAACAUUCGCUACUGCUAUUACAAUGAAACUCAUAAGAUUCUUGGUAACACUUUUGGCAUGUGUGUACUUCAGGAUUUUGAAGCCUUGACUCCAAACCUGCUAGCUAGAACUGUUGAAACAGUAGAAGGUGGUGGAAUUGUGGUGAUUCUCCUGAGAACUAUGAACUCACUGAAGCAGCUGUAUACAAUGACCAUGGAUGUACACUCUCGAUAUAGAACAGAAGCACACCAGGAUGUGGUAGGACGGUUUAAUGAGAGGUUCAUUCUCUCUCUGGCUUCAUGCAAGAAUUGCAUUGUGAUUGAUGAUCAGCUGAAUAUCUUGCCCAUCUCCAGUCAUGUUGCAAACAUCACACCUGUUCCACCACAGUCGCAGGAAGAUAGCCUUCAGCCGCAGGACUUGGAGCUGAAAGAACUGAAGGAGAGCUUGCAGGAUACGCAGCCUGUAGGAGUUUUGGUGGAUGGCUGUAAAACCCUGGAUCAGGCAAAAGCAGUUCUAAAAUUCAUUGAAGCCAUUUCUGAGAAGACUCUACGGAGCACUGUGGCUUUAACAGCAGCCAGAGGACGUGGUAAAUCUGCUGCUUUAGGACUGGCCAUUGCUGGAGCAGUAGCUUUUGGUUACUCCAAUAUCUUUGUCACAUCUCCAAGCCCUGAUAACCUUCACACUCUCUUUGAGUUCAUAUUUAAAGGCUUUGAUGCACUGCAGUAUCAGGAACAUCUGGAUUAUGAGAUUGUUCAGUCUUUAAAUCCAGAGUUUAACAAGGCUGUUGUCAGGGUGAACGUGUUCAAGGAGCACAGACAGACCAUUCAGUACAUACACCCUGCGGAUUCUGUGAAACUGGGUCAAGCUGAACUUGUUGUGAUUGAUGAAGCUGCUGCCAUUCCUCUGCCCCUGGUGAAAAACCUGCUAGGCCCUUACCUUGUUUUCAUGGCUUCUACAAUCAACGGGUAUGAGGGUACUGGUCGAUCACUAUCUCUGAAGCUCAUUCAGCAGCUCCGUCAGCAGAGUGCACAAACCCAAGUCACCAUGACAGCAGAGAACAAAUCUACAGCUACAGCUAAACUCGCCUCAGCUCGUACGUUGCAUGAAGUCUCCCUCCAUGAGUCGAUCAGAUAUGCCCCUGGUGACCCAGUUGAAAAGUGGCUAAAUGAUCUGCUGUGUUUGGACUGUCUCAACAUCACCAGAAUUAUCUCUGGCUGCCCGCUGCCCGAAACUUGUGACCUAUACUAUGUAAAUAGAGACACGCUUUUUUGUUACCACAGAGCAUCCGAAGUUUUUCUGCAGAGACUGAUGGCCCUCUAUGUGGCUUCACACUACAAGAACUCACCCAAUGACCUCCAAAUGCUGUCCGAUGCACCUGCCCAUCAUCUUUUUUGCCUUUUGCCCCCUGUUCCACCUACCCAGAAUUCAUUACCAGAAGUACUUGCUGUUGUUCAGGUGUGCAUGGAGGGAGAGAUCUCUCGCCAGUCUAUCAUGAACAGCCUUUCCAGGGGAAAGAAAGCUUCUGGUGAUCUUAUUCCCUGGACCAUUUCAGAGCAGUUCCAAGAUCCGGACUUUGGGGGCCUCUCUGGUGGGCGUGUUGUUCGUAUUGCAGUUCAUCCGGAUUAUCAGGGGAUGGGCUAUGGCAGCAGAGCUCUGACUUUACUGCAGAUGUACUAUGAAGGCAAAUUUCCAUGUUUGGACGAAAAAACAGUUCAAAAGCCAAAAGAAAUUGCAACUGUAAGCAGUGAGACCGUUAGUUUAUUAGAAGAGGUUGUGACACCUCGGAAAGACUUGCCUCCUUUACUUCUCAAACUGAGCGAGAGACAAGCUGAAAACCUGGACUAUUUAGGGGUAUCUUAUGGCCUAACACCAAGAUUACUCAAGUUUUGGAAACGUGCUGGAUUUGUGCCAGUUUAUCUAAGGCAGACACCAAAUGACCUGACCGGUGAGCAUUCGUGCAUCAUGCUGAAGAUGCUGAAUGAAGAGGACACUGAACAGGAGCCUUGGCUUACUGCCUUCUGGAAAGAUUUUAGGAGGCGGUUCCUUUCUCUGCUUUCCUACCAGUUCAGCACAUUCUCUCCCUCAUUGGCAUUGAAUAUUCUACAGAACAAAAAUAUCAAACAGCAGCCGCAACCACCCAUCAGUCGUGCUGAAUUAGAAUCAGUUUUCAUCCCGUAUGACCUGAAGAGAUUAGAGAUGUACUCUCGCAACAUGGUGGACUACCAUCUCAUCAUGGAUAUGGUACCUACCAUUGCCAGGAUGUUUUUUCUCAACCAGAUGGGUGAUAUCUCUCUCUCUGCUGCGCAGUCGGCCCUUUUUCUAGGCAUUGGCCUACAGCAUAAAUCUCUGGACCAACUGGAAAAGGAGGUAGAACUGCCCAGCAGUCAGUUGAUGGGCCUCUUCAACAGAAUCAUCCGCAAAGUAGUUCAGUUGUUCAACACAGUCCAGGAAAAAGCUGUGGAGGAGCAGAUGGUGGCAACAAAGGAUAUUGUAAUGGAGCCAACGCUGAAAUCUUUAAAUGACGAUUUGGAAGAAGCCGCAAAGGAAUUCCAAGAAAAACACAAGCAAGAAGUGGGGAAGCUGAAGGAAAUGGACCUUACACAAUACAUUAUCCGGGGUGACGAUGAAGAAUGGAAUGAGGUGCUGAGCAAAGCAGGACAGAACGCUUCCGUCGUCAGUUUGAAAAGUGAGAAGAAGAGAAAAUUAGAAACAGCGAGAGGACCCAAGCAACAGAAGAAAUUUAAGAAGACUAAAGAUAUAAAGCAGAAGUGGAAGAAAUGACUUUAAAGCCAAUCAGUGAACUUGAAUUAACAAGUGACGGGUCUGUGCUUAAGAAGUACUAUUCUCCUUUAAAUCAAAAGACUUUUCUUUUGGGGGGGUGAGAGCUGGAGGGAAGGAAAAGCCUUAGAGGCGUUUUUAAAGUGUUUGUAUGAUGGGAAUUGCAGUGACACUGCCAGGAGACAGUCUAUGAAGAUUUUUUAUGAAGUGUGACUGCAGAGCUUGAGCGAGGCACUGAGCAACACUCUGGCAUAUUAUGAGGGUGCGUCAGCAGCUACAGAGUUGCCAUUCAAAGAGGGCAGAUCGAUCUGUAAACUUUCCCUCAUCUUAAUGGUUGUUACCUUUAUUAAAAAAGAGUUUGGACAACGAAGGAUAGAAACGCGUUAGACUUUGGUAUGUGACUCUACCUUUUAGCGUUGCAGCACAUCUUGAUAUCUGCAGCGCUGGCUCCAUAGUCCUACCACUCCUUUGUAGCUUGAGGGAGUUUUCGGUGUGAACGGCAACUGACUUUUUAUUUGGGGCCGGCUAUUCAGCGAGCACUGACUGUGUCGUCAGUUCAGACUCAUGAUGGGGUUGGUCCUUGUGCGCAGGAGUUCAGGGUAUACAAUGAACGCUUCUCUUUUGGAAGGCAGUCUAUAGUUCCUACUUUCUGUGCUCCUCAAGCAGCUGUAAUAGAGGCUGCUCUCUUGCCUUCACCCUUGCUUACAAGGUCUCAGCAUUCCCAUCGCUCAGCAAUUUACAUUUCCUACUUCUCAAGCAGGGUAGCACCAUCAGCAGGUGCUGGGGAAGCUGCUGAGGCCGUUCCGUCUCCCUGCUCUCUGCUGACCUAGAGCUGCUGCUGGGCUUCGCUGGAAAGUUUUGUGUUAAGGUUGCCAGGAAAUCAGCACUAUCGUACCGACGCCUGGUGUUAGCCGCCUUCUCUUUGAGCUCGGAGGCCAGUUGAGCAGACGAGCCACUGAACUCCCAGCUCUGCUGCUCGCUGGUCCCUGCUUGGCAAUAAGUACGUACCAGUCUGGAGCUGGGGCUUUCUGUGACUGCAGCACUCCAGCUCCGAUGCCUGUCAGACUCCAGGGGCUUCAAAACCAGAGCAGACCUUUGACACAGAACGUCCCUGUCCCAAACCAGGAGUGCCCUGACGCAUUGUCUUGAUGUCCCAGCUUUGUGCCCUAGAGGUUUGGAACAGAGAGGCUUGCCUACAGCUGAUACACAGCUGCACCCUCUUCUCUUAUAGAUCUUACAGCUCCUUUUUUCAGCAAAUCCUUGAAGAAGGAGUUUGUUCCUAGGUAAAGACAGCAUUUCUUCUCUAGGAGGCUGUUUUAUGAAGCGUCUAUGUUAAGUACGGGCAUUGCCUUAAUACAUACAGCACAGCCCGCGUAUGCCUUUGGUUUGCAAGCUGCUGUGUGAGAGUCAGUGGCAAGGGCACAUCCCCCACGUUGCGAGGGGCAGCUGAGCCCUGAGAAGGGAGAUUUGCAGCUGCGGCCAUUAAAGGCUUGACGAGGGGCCCGUUAUCACCUGGCUGUGUGAAAAAGCAGUGCUGGCAGCCCGUAGGGAUGAGGUGGUGGUGGCUGUCCUGAACCAGCUCUAAAGAAGUUGUAAAAGGAGCAGACGUGGAAGGCAAGAAGCGUGAGGCUCUUCACAGCUGCCUGGGGAGCCCGCAGAAGGAAAGGUGAGUGUGAAUUCCCUCUGGUUUUGCUGUUGUUAUUCUUAAAAAAUGGGGUAGGUGGUGGCCCUGCUGGGACAGGGGUGAAGAGCUACAACCCCUUGCUUUGGGGGAUGGAGUCCGCUGGAUGUGCUCCUCUCUGGAUGCCGUCUUUUCCUUCACUUGGUCCUGAGAGACACGGAACAAGUUGUUCCGCAGGGGAUGUUACAGCAGCUGGGGCAGGAGGGGCUGGAGCCCUGUCGGGGUUCGCUCCCCGGCCGGGUGAGAGGAGAGCGGCUCUGACAAACGGGAGUAGCGUGGCUGAGCCUGGAGGCUGUUCUCUGGCCCAGGGGCGCUGCAGCAACAAAAACGCAUUUCUUAUGGAUACCUGUAGGAUGAUCCGAGGGCUGGAGCGCCUCACCUAUGAAGACAGGCUGAGAGAGCUGGGGGGGGUUCAGCCUGGAGAAGAGAAGGCUCCGGGGAGACCUUCCAGCCCCUUCCAGUCCCUCAAGGGGCUCCAGGAAAGCUGGGGAGGGACUCUGGAUCAGGGAGGGGAGCCAUGGGACGAGGGGGAAGGGUUUUAAGCUGAAAGAGGGGAGAUUUGGAUGAGAUCUGAGGGAGAAAUUCUUGGCUGUGAGGGUGGUGAGCCCCUGGCCCAGGUUGCCCAGAGAAGCUGUGGCUGCCCCAUCCCUGGAGGGGUUCAAGGCCAGGUUGGACGGGGCUUGGAGCAACCUGGGCUGGUGGGAGGUGUCCCUGCCCAGGGCAGGGGGUGGCUUUAAGGUCCUUCCAACCCGAACCAGUCUGUGAUUCUGUGACGGUGGUUUUCCAGUGUCUUGCUUAGCUCAAUGCAGAAACAUUUCGAGUUGGUCACAUUUGUCUGAGGGAUGGUUAUUGUAGUAAAAAGGUUUUCUUUUACGGAUUGUCCUGAGCCGGUCACAUCCUUUAGCCGUUUGGGGAAGGGCGAUAACAAAGAUGUGCUUGCAGUAGUGGUCAGGGAAGGAACUGGUAUCAAAUGGCUACUGACUGACUAUCCUUGGCCGUCCCACUUCGUGUGCUCUGCUCGGCGAGGUUCAGCUGGGAUUUAACAGGCUGCAAGUCAAAGCUUUAAACACUUUCAGAGUCCUUUAAAAGUGUGGUGAAACUUUGUACUAAUAAAGCAGCAGUAAUUAUUUCAGAUUCUCUAGCCU